GCCGGUGUCCGUACGCGUGUCGGAGGCUCGGUGGACGGGGAGCGCAGGAGCCAUGUCGGACUUCAAGCUGGGGAUCGUGCGGCUUGGUCGGGCAGCCGGCAAGACUAAGUACACACUAAUAGAUGAGCAAGACAUCCCACUGGUGGAAAAUUAUACCUUUGAGGCUCGGAUGGAAAUUGAUGCUGAUGGAAAUGGUGCAAAAAUAUUUGCGUAUGCAUUUGACAUUAGCAAGCGACGAGGCUCUGGGCGUCCUCUGCAUGAGCUGCUCUGGGAGCGGCACAGAGGAGGGAUAGCACCACGCUUCCAGGUGGUUCACAUCAAUGCUGUCACAGUGGACAAUCGACUGGACAACCUCAAGCUUGUCCCCAUAGGUUGGAGGCCAAAGGCGGAAGAGAUCUCCAGUAAACAAAGGGAACAGAGUCUGUAUUGGCUGGCUAUCCAACAGGUGCCUGCAGACCCCAUUGAGGAGCAAUUCCCUGAGUUGAACCUCACACGUUACUACAAUGCCAAUGGUGACAUUGUGGAGGAUGAAGAGGAUUCUUGCACAUAUUAUGAGUGCCAUUAUCCACCAUGCACUAUGAUGGAAAAACAGCUGCGUGAAUUCAACAUCUGUGGCCGUUGCCAGGUAGCACGAUACUGUGGCUCCCAGUGUCAACAGAAAGACUGGCCAGCCCAUAAGAAGCAUUGUCAUGAGAAGAGGCGCCCACUGCAGCAGGAACUUGAACCAGAGCGAUGACCCCUCCCUUGCCCUGCCCCUCCUCACCCUCGCCCCGCAUGCUUUCGCCAUGUUUCAACAGUGGCGUCAGUUUUGUUUUGCACAAUUCAGACUGGACACAUAGUUCCAAAGGCACUGAAGAACAAAAAAUCCAGAAUGGACUUGGGGAGGUCUCUGAGAAGAGGGGGGCUGGGGCUUCUCUCCUUAUGAUUGAUCGCUAAAGAAGACUAUGGAGUUCCUAGCUGGAAGCUUCUGUCUAUAUUUAUAUGUUGAUAUGUAUUUGAACAAAAUCUUAUGUACAGUUUUUUAUGUUGUAAAAUCUGAUCUGUUUGAAGUUCGGUGAUAACGUGUAGCUGAACAGAGUUACCUAAAUACAAAUGCAAUUUGCUCCGGUAGCAUUGUGUGACUCUGGGACAGCUUGCUGCUAACGCAAUUAUAGAGAAGAAAACAAAGACCCAGCUUACUGUGUGUUCCAGAGAUUACACUAAUGCCAGGUCUCUGGAACUUGUUUACUUGGUGAGGAAAAAGAUAACAGAUCGAAAGCAUUUUAGCCUUGUAUAGGGAAAGAGGACUAAUAGGUUACAGUGGCAGCUGCUAGAGUGUAUGGGUUUCACAAGCAUCUUUGUGGAUUCACUCUUGUAGCCCAUAUUGAACAGACUAUGCAGUCUGCCACUUGUCUUUGCGCUAAAGGUUAAGUUCAAUGUAGCACUGAUCAAACUCUGGGUGUGGUGCUGCUUAAAAUCAGUAUUUUUUCAGGUCAAAUCAAACUAUUGGGGAACAUAAGAAUUUAGAUAUAAGUUAUAUACUUAAUCUUAAUUCAAGACCUUAAGGCACAUAGUUAAGGACACAGCGGGUGUGGAUUAAUGGUACAGGAAUCCACUUGGUAGCAUGAAUUGCUUUAUAAAUGCGUCAGGUUCUGCUGGGAAGCCAUCUGAUAUUGGGCCAAAUUGUUCCUUGUCAGGCUUUGGUGAGAGGGUGAAAUUGAUAACUGCCCAUGACUCUGUCAUAUUUCAUGAAUGAGUAGCCUUUUAAAUUGAAAUCCAACUCUUGAGAUAGAAUUUGGUUCAGGUGCACAGUAUGAUUCCAUGCAUUUACAGAUGUUACGUCACUGAUUCCUCCCACUGCCCCAUGUAGCUCAGUGGUUCCAUGGGCAAAUUCCUAAGUAUUAGACAUGUGUUGUUUAACUUUUGGAUAUUUACCCUUGUUUCCCUGCCUUCUCAAGAAUGUGUGGCCCAGUUCACCUUGACCGUCAGCCAUAAGGCAGUGCUGGGAUGUGGCAUCUGUGAAUGUGACAUGUCCCUUUGGGAAAAGGACCAAGACAACUGGAUGACAUGGUAAAUCACACUGAACAGAUCCUGCUCAUUCUCCUCAUCACUGGGUAUUCAGUUCUGUUUGCUCCUUUCUGAACUGCAAGCAUACCUGAAGCCAGCUACAGUUUGGGUGUCAUUUUAAUGCAGCACAGAAAAUCCUAUUUAUCUUUGGACAUUUUUACAAGUAUUAAGUAUAUUUUUUUAAAAUUAGUAAGUUAUUUUCAUUGGAGUCAGCAGAUGGCUGGUAUCCAGUUUAAAUACUGCUGGUUAUCCACUGUGCUUGAGAGCAUGAUGGUUUUGUGCAUGUCUCGGCUGAGUGGGUUCCACAUAAGUAGGUGGUGGAUGGGUACACCUUGGAGGUCUUGCUCCCCAUAGCCAUAAUUGUACACUCUGUAAGGAUUUUAAAAGUAAAAUUUGUUCAGUUAGUCCCAAAUAUUUGCUCUCCAGUUAAUAAGAAGGGCAAAACUUUAACUGUGGUCUGGAACUUGAUUACUGGAACAAAUCUCCUUGCCCUUUUGCUAUGAUUGUCUUCUUCCAGUUGGGAAGGGAGAUUAGUUUGAGUAUAUCAGACAAGCAGAGACCCAUGAACUAAUAUGAAAGCUGCUGUACCUGUGUGCAUGUUUUAAAUGGGUUGCUGUUACUGUACUGUGCUGUUGCUGCGCCAAGCUUUGCUCUUUUUUUUCAAUUGAAGCCCAGACUUGUUCUUGUAAGAUUCAGAUACCUGUUUCAUGUACAAUAGAAUACUGUGGAUCUAGGCCAGUGCAAUCUUGCUACCCAACUAGUACACUGGGAUAUCUUGAUGGUUCACUGUCUAGUAAGUUUCACAUGGACAUUAAUACAGAUAAGCCACUAUAAUAAUGUUCUAUUGAUUUACUGCAGCUUCCUCAUUAGCAGGUGGGAUUAUUGUGGUAGCUCUCCACCAAACAUCGACUUGCCACCUUUUAUGUACAAGUGCCCUGAGGUUGCAUUAGAUUAUUUUUGAAAUUGAAUUUGGUGGCUCUAUUUAUAAUUUGAUGUACUUAAGCAAACUGGCCGACAAUACGACUUAGUUUGUAACUUCCGGUCUCGUUCUCAUUAUAUAGAACAUCUGUAUGUUUGAAAUCUCGCAAUAAUUAUCUUCCUUAGUAGGCUAAAUUUUAUUUUCAACAUGCAAUUAAAUAAAGCUAGUUUGUAUCUGGAUCCCAAGAAUAAUCUGAACUAUUUAGGUGUAACCAAGAUGUGUCACUGCAACUGUUUAAUGGGGUUUGCCUAUAUUCUCUCUGGCCAUUGAUUAGAAAUUGCCCCAGCUUUCGUGCAGCUGCAUGUCAAUAGUUGUGCAAAAUAGACUUUCUUUAACACUUCCUACUAAACUAAUUGAACUAAUGUGCUCUUGCUGCUUGGGGUAUUUCACACUAAGUGCAACUGCUGUGGUGUUUCAUUAGGUAAAAUUAUAUUUAGUAACUAGAGGAUCCCAGAUUGUGAAAUUCACACAAAAAAACAAUCUUCAGGUAAUAUAGUCUCUUUGGAUUUACUUCCGCAAACAAUUUUCUGAAAUGUAAUUGGAGUGUCCAUUGUUUUGUAAUGCAACUUGGUUUAAAUUAUGCCUAGUCCACUUAUUUCAUGGAUUUCCUCACUGCUAGUUAAGAGCUGUACUAAUUCUUGUGGAUAACACUGUGACGCGACUGGCUCCACCAAAUUGAGCUGUUCCCGGCAUAGUCAAAUGGGAUGUUAUUUAAGUAUGGCCAGACUGAUAAAGAGCCCAGAAAUGUAAUGAUGCUGUUCCAAUUCUAAUUAUUAUGUUAUGUGGUCGGCUGCAAAAAUGCAGAUCACUAGCCACUGCAGUGUUGCUGUGCCCUCAGUUUAUUUCAUGCACUGAAUACAGUUCCAUGCCUGUAUUUAAAAUUGUUAAA